UGAUUGCAACACAAUCUUGUGUAUAUAUAGGUGUCAGCUCAGAGAGUGAGAGAGCACAGACAGUCGACCUGCACAAGUCUACAAACUCUACACGCAUCUACUCAGCAUGGAGCCACAAUUACAACACUCUAGCAUGGAACUAUUUCAAGGAGGAGGUCCAGAGUUCUCCGUGCUGGUGGUCAGCGCCCUCAGCAGACCCCUGGAUCUGGGCAUGCUCUACAACGUCCGGAAUGACCGACUCAUACCAGGAUUCACCCUCUGGAAGACUGAGGACAUAAAGAGCAAAACACAUGUCCGUCCACAUCACAACACAUGGCUCCAGGUUGCAAUGUCUGAGUCCCUCAGUGAGAAGACCAGUCUGUUGGACGUGAGCGCCUCAUUGAAGGCCAGCUUCCUCUGUGGGCUGGUGGAGGUGGGAGGUUCCGCCAAGUACCUCAACAAGAAGACCUCCUCCAGUCGUCAUUGCAGUGUCACCCUGGGUUACCAUGUGACCACCGAGUUUAAAGAGCUCAUGAUAUCAGAACUAGAGACUCCAAAGCCGGAGUUGUUUGACAAGACAGAUGCCACACAUGUUGUGAGUGCGGUGCUCUAUGGGGCUGAUGCACUCAUGGAAUUCCAAGAAAUGGCCAGCGAUGAUUCAAAAAAGCAAGAAAUCCAGGGAAACCUGACUGUGAUGAUCAAGAAGAUCCCAUCAAUUGAGAUCAGUGGGGAUGGAAGCCUAAAGAUGGAUGAUGAAGACAAGAAGAAGGUGAAGAACUUCAGCUGCAAAUUCCAUGGUGACUUUUACCUGAAAGAACUCCCUUCUACAUACGAGGAGGCUGUGAAGGUGUACAAAGAGCUGCCCAGUCUGUUGGGGGAGAAAUGGGAGAAUGCUGUGCCUGUGAAGGUCUGGUUGUAUCCUCUGAGCAAGCUUACUAACACUGAGUCCAAGCUGAAGAAAAUGAUCUCAGAGAGACUGGUGUCUCUAGUAGAGAAGGUGAUGGAUGAUUUCCAUCAGGCUGAGGUGAGAACCAACGACCUGCUGAAGAGUAGCAAAGAGAUCAAGGCUGAAGAAAUCGUUCACAAACUGGAGGAGUUCCAAAGCAGUCUGAGGGUUUUCACCACUGAGCUCCUGCGGAAAAUGAGAGACCUGAUCCCGGCCAUCAGAGAAGGCAACAUGGAGGAAACGGCCCUGAGAGACCUCCUGAAGUCCCAGGAUGCAUCUGGCUUCAGUGUGAAAGAAAUGGAGCAGUGGCUGGAUGGAAAGGAGACUGAGAUCAACGUCGUCACAAUGAACAUAAAACAACUGAAAUGUGAGAUUAAACUUCCAGGCCGUGAGCUUGACUCUCUCCUCAUGGACCCAGAUGUCAAAGAUGUAUUUGUGUUCAGCUUCACCUCUCUGAGUUACGAGGAGCCCUACCUGAAGACCAUCUCAAAGGCAGUUGAAAACUUCAAGAGUGGUUCCGCCAUCAGCACUCCUGAACAGGAUCCAACACAGGAAGUUCCCUGGUACAAGAGACCAGAUGUUAAAGAGAACUUGGCCUCCUCACGCAGUGUCUUUAAAAGUGUACCCUUCAAGAACAAAGUGAUCAGUUUCAUUUCAGACCCAGAUCACCCGGGAGCUUCAGUCUGUUGGUAUGUCAACGCAGCCCUGAAGGACCCACGUGUCACAAGCAUGCCAGCACAAUUUGCCUGUAAGCUCACACUGGACCCAAACACGGCGAACAAACAUCUCCUCCUGUCUGAGGGGAACAGGAAGGUGACACGGGUGAAGGAGUGGCAGCCGUAUCCGGACCACCCAGACAGAUUUACUCUUUCUCCUCAGGUGCUGAGCAGAGAGCCUCUGACUGGACGCUGCUACUGGGAGUGUCAGUGGGAUGUGAGUGGUGGGAAUUAUCUUGAUAUGGGAGUGGCCUAUCAAAGCACUGACAGGAAUACUUACCUCACCUCCAGUGACAAGUCCUGGGUUCUGGGGGUUUAUGAUAACAAAUACUAUGUUUACCACUCUACAUUUUCAGCUGGUGUCCCUACCCCCCCCUCACGCUCCAGUAGAGUGGGAGUGUUACUGGACCGUGAGGCCUGCACUCUGUCCUUCUACAGCGUCUGCUCUGACACACUCACACUCCUGUACACCUUUGAAAACACCACAUUCACUGAUGAGCCCCUCUAUGCAGGGUUUUAUGUUGGUGAAGACUCCUCAUUGACCUUGUGCUAGAUCACAUGACCUCUUGCACACACACACACACACACACACACACACACACACACACACACACACACACACCCUCUAUGCACACCUUCAACACCACAUUCACUGAUGAGCCCCUCUAUGCAGGGUUUGCUGUGACCUUGUGCUAGAUCACAUGACCUACCAGGAGAUACAUACACUCAUCUUCUUUCAUACACACACACACACACACACACACACACACACACACACACACACACACACACACACACACACCACCAGCAUGGAGAACUAUGGACCCGGAACAAUAACAGAAAGGAAAGCAUUCACACACACACACACACACACUCAUCCUCUUUCACACUCACACACACACGUAAACACACACA